UUUUUCUAUAAAUGAAGAGUGAACACAAAGCAACACAAGCUAGUCAUCUUACCCUUUACUCUCAUCUCUUCCACAAACUAAUUUUUUUUUUUCCUCUAACAAUUUUUACAGUACCUGUUUUUUCUUUUCCUUGAAAAAGCCUUAGUUUGUACCACUAUACAUAUAUAAAAUAGUACUAUAGUGGACUGAAUAAGAAAAACCAAGUGAAAUGGGGAGACCUCCUUGUUGUGAUAAAGAAGGGGUCAAGAAAGGUCCUUGGACUCCAGAAGAAGAUAUCAUUUUAGUCUCUUACAUUCAAGAACAUGGUCCUGGAAAUUGGAGGGCUGUUCCUACUAAUACAGGUUUGCUUAGGUGUAGUAAGAGUUGUAGGCUUAGAUGGACUAAUUACCUUCGACCAGGGAUUAAACGUGGUAAUUUCACUGACAAUGAAGAGAAGAUGAUUAUACAUCUUCAAGCUCUUUUGGGCAAUAGAUGGGCAGCUAUAGCAUCAUAUCUUCCACAAAGAACAGAUAAUGAUAUUAAAAACUAUUGGAAUACUUACUUGAAGAAAAAGCUGAGUAAGAUUCAAAAUCAAUCAUCAUCAAGAGAUGAUCAUGAAGAAGGGUUUUCAUCUUCACAACCAAGUAUGUCAAGAGGUCAAUGGGAAAGAAGGCUUCAAACUGAUAUUCAUUUGGCUAAACAAGCUCUGUCUGAGGCUCUGUCUCCUGAAAAGUCAACAUCUUUGACUCAUCAUGAUCAAAAACCUUCUUCUUCUUCAUCUGAUCAGACACUUUCAACCACAACAACAUAUGCUUCAAGCACAGAAAACAUAUCAAGAUUGCUCAAAAGUUGGAUGAGAAAUCCACCAAUAAAGAGAUCUGGUGGUACAACAACAACAACAACAACAACAACAACUACUACAACUACUUCUAGUACUAAUACAACAUUACCAAAUAAUAAUGUUGAUUUGUCUGAGGCAUUUGAGUCUUUGUUUGGUUUUGAGUCAUUUGAGUCUUCAAAUAAUAAUUCUGAUUUUUCUCAGUCACCAGAUCAAGAUCAUGAGAGUAAGCCCAAUAUUGGUAAUAAUGCUCAUCAAUUGCCAUUUUCAUUGCUUGAGAAAUGGCUUUUUGAUGAAACUGUUACUACUACAACUACUCAAGGCAAAGAAGUUGUUCUUAGUGAUAUGAUUUUAGAUGAAAAUCCUAAUUUUUUCUAAUUAUUUUAUAUAUAAUAAAUAUAUAUAAAGCUUCUUCCCCAUCUUUUUGUAUUAUUAUUGGUUUUUAAUUUUGCUUACUUUUGGAUCUACAAGACUACUACUAAUACUACUACAAUAUUAUCUUGGAAAUUGUUUGAUGAAUAAGCUGGAAAAGUUUGGUGGUGGUAGUUAUAAUUUGCCUUUAUUUUUUAUUUAAAGCUUAGAACCAAAAGAAAAGUGUAAAUUUUCAUAUAUUAUUAUUAAUUUGUGUUACGAGUAAUUAUUCCUUGUUGAUGAUGAUGACUAGAUUUAUAAACAUCUCUCUUUUUCUUUUUUCA